CUCAAGGUCCCCCCGGGACAUCGCCAACGUGAUGCAGAGGCUUCAAGAUGAGCAAGAGGUUGUACAGAAACGCACAUUCACAAAAUGGAUCAACUCCCAUCUGGCCAAGCGGAAGCCCCCAAUGGUGGUGGAUGAUCUUUUUGAAGAUAUGAAAGAUGGUGUCAAGCUCCUCGCUCUUCUGGAAGUCCUGUCUGGGCAGAAACUGCCUUGUGAACAGGGCCGUGGUGGGAAACGCAUCCGAGCUAUGGCAAACAUCGGCACUGCCCUCAAGUUCCUGGAAGGAAGAAAGAUUAAAUUAGUGAACAUCAACUGCACUGACAUAGCUGAUGGCCGUCCAUCCAUCGUUCUUGGACUGGUGUGGACCAUUAUUCUGUAUUUCCAGAUUGAAGAGCUGACCAGCAACCUGCCCCAGCUGCAGUCACUGUCCAGCAGUGCCUCCUCUGUGGACAGCCUGCUCAGCACGGAGACCGCCAGCCCCCCAAGCAAACGCAAGGUGCCCACCAGGAUCCAAGGAAAUGCCAAGAAGGCUCUGUUGAAGUGGGUGCAGUACACAGCAGGAAAGCAGAUGGGAAUAGAACUGAAAGACUUCGGGCGGAGCUGGAGAAGCGGACUUGCCUUUCAUUCUGUCAUCCAUGCCAUCCGGCCGGAGCUGGUAGACUUGGAGAAGGUGAAAAGCAGAUCGAACCGAGAAAAUCUGGAGGACGCUUUCAGUAUUGCUGAAACACAACUGGGCAUCCCGCGGCUGCUGGAUCCUGAAGAUGUGGAUGUGGAUAAGCCAGAUGAGAAGUCCAUCAUGACCUAUGUAGCCCAGUUCCUGACACAUUAUCCUGACGUCCACAAUGCCGGUGCCGACGGGCGAGAGGAUGAGGAAAUACUUCCAGUUCUCUCAUCCUUUGCAUAUUGUAUCCAAAGUUUUCAGAGAGAAGACAGACUAAUUUUGAAGGAAAUGAAAGUUUGGAUAGAACAAUUUGAAAGGGAUUUGACAAGAGCACAAAUGAUAGAAUCAAACCCGCAGGAGAAAUACCAGUCAUUUAAGCACUUCAGAGUUCAAUAUGAUAUGAAAAGGAAGCAGAUCGAACAUCUCAUCCAACCACAGCAGAAAGAUGGGAAAUUGUCCCUUGACCAAGCAUUGGUGAAACAGUCCUGGGACCGAGUGUCCGCCAGGCUCUUCGACUGGCAUAUCCAGCUGGAUAAAUCUCUCCCCGCCCCUCUGGGCACCAUAGGGGCCUGGCUGUACAGGGCAGAGGUGGCCCUGAGAGAGGAGAUAGCCAUCCAGCAGGUCCAUGAGGAAACGGCUAACACCAUACAACGCAAGCUGGAGCAGCAUAAGGAUCUGCUUCAAAACACAGAUGCCCAUAAAAGAGCCUUCCACGAAAUCUACAGGACCAGGUCCGUGAAUGGGAUCCCAGUGCCGCCGGACCAGUUAGAGGACAUGGCUGAGAGGUUUCAGCUGGUUUCCUCCACAUCAGAGCUGCACUUGAUGAAAAUGGAAUUUCUAGAAUUAAAGUACCGCCUGCUCUCACUGCUGGUUCUUGCAGAGUCAAAACUGAAGUCGUGGAUCAUCAAGUACGGGAGACGGGAGUCUGUGGAGCUGCUUCUUCAAAACUACAUAUCUUUUAUAGAAAACAGCAAGUUCUUCGAGCAGUAUGAAGUCACAUACCAGAUCUUGAAACAGACAGCUGAGAUGUACAUCAAAGCUGAUGGCUCAGUGGAAGAAGCGGAGAACGUGAUGAAAUUCAUGUCAGAGACCACGGCUCAGUGGCGGAACCUGUCUGUGGAGGUGAGGAGCGUGCGGAGCAUGCUGGAGGAAGUGAUCUCCAACUGGGAUCGGUACUGCAACACUGUGGCCAGCCUGCAAGCCUGGCUAGAAGAUGCGGAGAAGAUGCUCGGUCAGUCAGAAAGCGCCAAAAAGGAUUUUUUCCGGAAUUUGCCCCGCUGGAUUCAGCAGCAUGCUGCCAUGAAUGAUGCCGGCAACUUUCUGAUCGAAACUUGCGACGAGUUGGUUUCUCGUGACCUGAAGCAGCAACUCCUCCUGCUCAACGGACGGUGGCGGGAGCUGUUCAUGGAGGUCAACCAAUAUGCUCGGGCGGAUGAGAUGGACAGAAUGAAGAAGGAAUACACAGACUGUAUCACUACCCUCUCUGCUUUUGCAACCGAAGCCCAAGGGAAAAUUCAUGGGUCCUUAGAAGUAUCAUUUAUUAAUGUCAAGUUAUUAAUUCAAGACUUGGAGGACAUUGAGCAGAGGCUGCCCGUGAUGGAUGCUCAGUAUAAAAUUAUGACAAAGACAGCACAUCUCAUUGCCAAAGAAAGCCCCCAAGAGGAAGCCAAUGAAAUGCUUGCGACCAUGACCAGACUCAAAGAGCAGCUGUCCAAGGUCAAAGAAUGUCACUCCCCCCUCCUCUAUGAGGCCCGGCAGCUGUCUGUCCCAUUGGAGGAGCUGGAAAAGCAGAUCAUGUGCUUCUAUGAAACUCUCGGGAAAAUCAACGACAUUAUCGCAGUCCUGGAGCGGGAGGCACAAUCCAGUGCUCUUUUUAAACAGAAGCACCAAGAACUGUUAGCUUGUCAGGAAAACUGUAAGAAAACCUUGACACUCAUUGAGAAAGGGGGUCAAAGUGUCCAGAAGUUCGUGAGCUUGAGCAACGUGUUGAAGCAUUUUGAUCAGACGAAGCUGCAGAGACAGCUUGCAGACGUCCACCUUGCCUUCCAGAACAUGGUCAAGAAGACUGGAGAUUGGAAGAAACACGUGGAAACCAACAGUCGCUUGAUGAAGAAAUUUGAGGAGUCCCGGGCAGAGCUGGAGAAGGUGCUGCGGGUCGCUCAGGAGGGCCUGGAGGAGAAGGGAGACCCUGAGGUGCUGCUGCGGAGACACACCGAGUUCUUCAGCCAGCUGGACCAGAGGGUGCUCAACGCCUUCCUGAAAGCGUGUGACGAGCUCACGGACAUUCUCCCCGAGCAGGAGCAGCAGGGGCUGCAGGAAGCGGUCAGGAAGCUGCAUAAGCAGUGGAAGGAUCUUCAAGGAGAGGCUCCUUAUCAUUUGCUUCACCUGAAGAUCGCUGCAGAGAAGAACAGGUUCUCGGCGUCCCUCGAGGAGUGCAGAACUGAACUGGAGAGAGAGGCCAGGCAUGCAUCCCAGGAAGGCAGCGAAAAGACCAUCGAAGAGCACAGGAUUUUCUUCAGCGACAAAGGUCCUCAUCAUCUCUGUGAGAAGAGGUUGCAGCUCAUCGAGGAGCUCUGCGGGAAACUCCCCGUGAGGGACCCCAUGAGGGAUACCCCCGGAACCUGCCACGUGGCGCUCAAGGAGCUCCGUGCUGCCAUCGGCAGCACCUACGAGAAGCUGGUGGAAGACCCCGACAAGUGGGAGGACUACAUGAGCAGAUUUUCUGAGUUGUCAUCUUGGACAUCUGCCAGGGAGAGCCAGUUGAAGGGAAUCAAGAAUCAGGCUAUCAACACUGCCAACCACAGCGAGGUCAAGCGUGCCGUGGAUGAGAUCAGAAAUGAUGUUAGCAAAAGAGGCGAAGCUCUUAGCUGGCUGAAAGGCAGACUUAAAGUUUUGAUUGAAGUUUCUUCUGAGAAGGAAGCCCAAACCCAAGGAGAUGAGCUGGCAAAGUUAUCUAGCUCCUUCAAGACACUGCUCUCUUUGCUUUCAGAGGUUGAAAAGAUAUUAAACAACUUUGGAGACUGUGUUCAAUACAAAGAAAUCGUGAAGAGCUCCCUGGAGGAAUUAAUUUCUGGUAGUCAAGAAGUCCAGGAAGAAGCAGAGAAGAUUCUGGACACAGAAAAUCUGUUUGAAGCUCAGCAGUUACUGCUUCAUCACCAGCAAAAGACAAAGAUGGUCUCAGCCAAGAAGAAAGACCUGAAGGAACAGAUGGCGCAUGCGCUGCAGGGAGCAGGCGGGGUCUCCGAGCCUGGCCAGGAGGAGCUGAAGAAGCUGGAGAGCACCCUGGCCGGCCUGGAGCAGAGCCGGGAGAGGCAGGAGCGCCGCAUCCAGGUCACCUUAAGGAAAUGGGAACGAUUUGAGAAAAACAAAGAGACAGUGGUCAGAUACCUUUUUCAAACAGGUUCCAGCCAUGAACGCUUCCUGAGUUUUAGCAGUUUGGAAAGUUUGUCUUCAGAACUGGAACAGACAAAGGAAUUUUCCAAGCGAACAGGAAGUAUUGCAGUCCAGGCUAAGAACCUGGUCAAGGAAGCCUCUGAGAUUCCCCUGGGUCCCAAGAAUAAGCAGCUGCUUCGGCAACAGGCAACGACAAUCGAAGAGCAGGUCAAAAAACUAGAAGACACACUCGAAGAAGAUAUUAAAACCAUGGAAAUGGUGAAAAGCAAGUGGGAUCAUUUUGGCAGUAAUUUUGAGACCUUGUCCAUCUGGAUAUCUGAGAAAGAACACGAACUCAAUGCUUUGGAAUCCUGGCCAUCGCCCAUGGACAUGCAAAUCAGCCACAUUAAGGACAUGAUUCAGGAAAUAGAAAAUAAGAUCUGCAGCAUUACAGGGUUGGAAGAAGAGGUGCAGACUUUUGUCCAGUUUAUUACCGCUGGAGAAUCUGCUCGAAUCAAAGCCAAGUUGACACAGAUAAGGAGGCACUGGGAAGAACUCAGAGAGCAUGCCCAGUGCCUGGCAGGGACCAUCCAGGGGCAUUUAUCACAGCAGCAGAAGUUCGAAGAGAAUCGGAGAAAGAUCCAGCAAUCUGUGACUGAGUUUGAUGAGAGACUUGCUGAGCCAAUUAAAAUAUGUUCUUCAGCCACAGAAACAUACAAAGUUCUCCAAGAACAGAUGGAUCUCUGCCAGGCUCUGGAGUCUCUGAGCAGCACAGUCAGCACCUUCUCUGCCAGUGCCCGGAGGAUGGUAAACAGUGACUCAUGUGUCCAGGAGGCCGCAGCCCUCCAGCAGAGUUAUGAGAGCACCCUGAGGAGGGCCAAGGAGAGACAGACCACGCUGGAGGACCUGCUGGCUCACUGGCAGAGACUGGAGAAGGAGCUGUCAUCCUUCUUGACCUGGUUAGAGCGGUGUGAGGCCAUAGCCAGUUCCCCAGAGGUGGAUAUUGCUGCAGACAGAGUCAAAGUGGAGAGUGAACUUCAACUGAUACAGACAAUACAGACUGAAGUCGUGUCCCAGGCCUCGUUCUACAGCAGUCUUCUGCAGUUGAAGGAAUCCCUGUUCUCAGUAGCUUCCAAAGACGAUGUGAAGAUGAUGAAGCUGAACUUGGAACAGCUCGAUGAGAGGUGGAGAGACCUACCACAGAUCAUCAGCAGAAGGAUUAGCUUUCUUCAGUCCCUGGUUGCCGAGCACCAGCAGUUUGAUGAACUGCUGCUCUCCUUCUCCGUCUGGAUUAAGAUGUUUCUCAGUGAACUGCAGACUACUUCUGAGAUCAGCUUAAUGGACCAUCAGGUGGCUCACACUCGGCAUAAGGACCAUGUGGCAGAAAUCCAGAACAAAAAGGGAGAGCUUCACUGUCUGCAGGGCCACGUGCAGAAGCUGGGGUCCCUGGGGCGAGCGGAGGAUCUCCACCUCCUCCGGGGAAAGGCAGAAGACUGCUUCCAGCUCUUCCAGGAAGCCAGCCAGGUGGUGGAGAGGCGGCAGCAUGCCCUGGCCCAGUUGGCUGAAUUCCUUCAGAGCCAUAAUUCACUGUCCAGAGUUCUCCACCGGCUAAGACAAACAGUGGAAGCCACCAGCAGCAUGAACAAGAAGCAGUCGGACUUAUUGAAAAAGGACCUAAAUGAUGCUAUCCAAGACGUCAAGACACUGGAAUCCACUGCCAUCAGCCUUGAUGGCGUCCUUGCCAAAGCUCAAUACCAUCUAAAGAGUGGGAGCCCAGAGCAGAGGACUUCCUGCAGAGCCACGGCCGAUCAGCUCUGCUUGGAAGUAGAGAGGAUCCAGAACCUCUUGGGGACCAAGCAGAGUGAGGCGGAUGCCCUGGCUGUAUUGAAAAAAGCAUUUCAAGACCAGAAAGAAGAGUUGCUGAAGAGCAUUGAAGACAUCGAGGAAAGGACAGACAAGGAGCGAUUAAAGGAACCCACCCGUCCAGCCCUGCAACAGAGAUUGAGAUUAUUUAAUCAACUGGAAGAUGAACUGAAUUCUCAUGAACAUGAGCUGAGCUGGUUAAAAGACAAAGCUAAGCAAAUUGCCCAGAAAGAUGUAACUUUUGCUCCUGAAGUUGAUAAGGAGAUCAACCGCUUAGAAGUCACCUGGGAUGACACCAAAAAACUCAUUCAAGAAAACCAGAGCCAGUGCUGUGCACUUAUUGACUUAAUGAGGGAAUACCAGAACUUGAAGUCAGCAGUAACUAAAGUCCUAGAGAAUGCCAACAGCAUCAUUGUAGCCAGAACUGUUGUAAAAGAUCAGGAAGACCUUCAGUGGGCUUUUUCUAAGCAUGAAAUUGCCAAGAAUGAGAUGAACUGUAAACAGAAAGAGCUGGACAGUUUUACCAGCAAGGGCAGACACCUGUUAUCAGAGCUGAAGAGACUCCACAGUAGUGAUGCGACAGUGGUAAAAGCAGACACGGAGAGCACGGUGGACAGGUGGCUGGAUGUGUCAGAGAAAAUUGAGGAUAAUAUGGACCGGCUGAGAAUAAGUCUGUCCAUCUGGAAUGAUGUACUUGCAAGUAAAGAAGAAAUCGAUGGAUGGUCCAGUAACUCUCUUCCACAACUAGCCGAAAGCAUGAGCAACCUGAAUGACAGCCUUAAAGUCGAAGAAUUCCUUAAAGAAUUUGAGUGUGAAGUCAAAAACAAAGUCUUGAAACUGGAGGAACUGCAUUCCAAAGUUAAUGAUCUCAAAGAAUUAACUAAAAAUCCAGAGACACCAACAGAGCUGCAAUUUAUAGAAGCAGACUUACGGCAGAAGCUAGAGCACGCUAAAGAGGCAACUGAGGAAGCCAAAGGGACCUUGAAGGAUUUUGUUGUGCAGAGUACGAAGGUGGAGAAGUUCAUCAAAGACCUCACCACGUGGCUGGCAAAAGUGGAGGAAUUGUUGAUGAGCUAUGCCCAAACCGAGACUUGCGAGGGGCUGAAGAAAGUCAAGGACAUACAGAAAGAGCUUCAAGGUCAGCAAAGCCACAUCAGCUCCACGCAAGAAAGUCUUAAUAACUUGUGCCGCAAGUAUCACUCAGUGGAGUUGGAGAGCCUGGGACAGGCGAUGACGGGAAUGGUAAAGAAACAGGAAGCUGUGAGUCAGCUGUGCUCCAAAACCCAGGCCAGCCUGCAGGACGCCCUGGAGAAACACUUCAAUGAUUCUAUGCAGGAAUUCCAGGAGUGGUUUUUGAAGGCAAAAGUAGCAGCCAAGGAGUCGUCUGACAGAACUGGUGACAGCAAAGUUCUAGAAGCCAAGCUCUGUGAUCUUCAGAGCGUCUUGGAUUCAGUCAGUGAUGGGCAGAGUAAGCUUGAUAUGGUGACUCAAGAAGGACAAACUUUGUAUGCACAUUUGCCUAAGCAAAUGGUCAGCAGUAUCCAGGAGCAGAUCACCAAGGUGAACGAAGAGUUCCAGGCAUUUCUCAAACAGUGCCUCAAAGACAAGCAGGCCCUCCAAGACUGUGUUUCAGAGCUGGGGAGCUUUGAGGAUCAACACAGAAAACUAAACUUAUGGAUCCAUGAAAUGGAAGAAAGGUUAAAUACAGAAAACCUGGGAGAGAGUAAACAGAAUAUCCCUGAGAAGAAAAACGAAGUUCAUAAAGUUGAAAUGUUUUUGGGAGAGCUGCUGGCUGCCAGAGAGUCUCUUGAUAAGCUUUCCCAGCGAGGGCAGCUUCUCAGCGAGGAAGGCCAUGGCACUGGGCUGGGCGGCCGCCUGUGCUCUCAGCUGCUCACCAGUUACCAGAAUUUACUCAGGAUCACCAAGGAGAAGUUGCGGGGCUGUCAGCGGGCCCUUCAGGAGCACGAAGCUUUGGAGGAGGCACUGCAGGGCAUGUGGUCUCGGGUGAAAGAUGUCCAAGACAGACUGGCCAGUGCGGAGAGCACGCUCGGGAGCAAGGACGCCCUGGAGAGACGGCGGUCACAGAUCCAGGAUAUUCUCCUGAUGAAAGGCGAAGGAGACGUGAAGUUGAACAUGGCCGUUGGCAAAGGGGAGCAGGCCUUGAGAAGCAGCAACCAAGAAGGGCAGAAGGCAAUUCAGGCUCAGCUGGGGACCCUUCGAUCCAUGUGGGCCGACAUCAUGAGCUCUGCCACCCAGGCUCACAGCACUCUGGAGGCUGUGAUUGGCGAGUGGAAUGACUAUCUAGAGCGAAAAAACCAGUUGGAGCAGUGGAUGCAAUCAGUGGAUCACGAAGUAGAACAUCCCUUACACCUGCAGCCCGGCCUGAAGGAGAAGUUCUCCCUGCUGGACCACUUUCAGUCCAUCGUCUCGGAGGCGGAAGAGCGCGUCGGAGCCCUGCAGCACCUCCCGGCACAGUGCCGGGAGCUGUACGAGAAGACCCAGGAUGAAUCCUUCAACGAAACUGCUCAGGAGGAGCUGAGGACUCAAUUCCAGGACAUCACCACCGUGGCCAAGGAGAAAAUGAGGCGAGUGGAAGAGAUUGUGAAGGACCAUCUCAUGUACCUAGACGCUGUCCAGGAAUUCACAGAUUGGCUCCACUCAGCCAAGGAAGAACUUCACCGCUGGUCAGACAUGUCCGGGGACUCCUCAGCCACCCAGAAAAAGCUGUCCAAAAUUAAGGAGCUGAUAGAUUCCAGAGAGAUCGGAGCAGGCCGCCUGAGCCGAGUGGAGUCCCUGGCCCCUGCAGUGAGACAGAACACAGCUGCCAGUGGGUGUGAGCUCCUGCACACCGAGAUGCAGGCCCUGCGCGCCGACUGGAAGCAGUGGGAAAACAGCGUGUUGCAGACACAGAGCAGCCUGGAGAAUCUGGUCAGUCAAAUGGCGCUCUCCGAGCAGGAGUUCUCAGGGCAAGUGGCUCAGCUCGAGCAGGCCCUGGAAGAGUUCAGGGCCCUGCUACAGACUUGCGCCCAGCAGCUAACUCUCCUGGAGGGCAAGAACACCGAUCAGGAGAUUGUGGAAUGCUGGCACAAAGGAGGAGAGAUCCUGGAGGCGCUAAAGAAGGCAGAGCCUAUGACAGAAGAUCUCAAGUCUCAACUGAACGAACUCUGUCGAUUUUCCAGGGACCUGAGCACGUAUAGUGGAAAAGUUUCUGGAUUAAUUAAAGAAUAUAAUUGUCUUUGUUUGCAAGCAUCCAAGAGCCACCAGAGUAAAGAACAGACUUUACAGCAAAGAUUUCAAAAGACCUACAGGGAUUUCCAGCAAUGGUUGAUGAAUGCAAAAAUCACUACCGCCAAAUGUUUUGAUAUACCUCAGAAUAUUAAUGAAGUUUCAGCAAGUCUUCAGAAAAUACAGGAGUUUUUGUCAGAAAGUGAAAAUGGACAGCAUAAGCUAAACAUGAUGCUGUCCAAAGGAGAACUUCUGAGCUCUCUGCUGACCAAAGAGAAAGCGAAAAGUGUCCAGGCCAAAGUUGCAACUGCAAAAGAAGAUUGGAAAAGUUUUCAUUCAAAUCUCCACCAGAAGGAAGCUGCCCUGGAGAAUCUGAAGAUCCAAAUGAAGGACUUUGAAGUAAGUGCAGAGCCUAUACAGAACUGGCUGAGCAAAACAGAGAAGCUGGUCCAGGAAAGCAGCAACCGCCUGUAUGAUCUGCCUGCGAAGAGGAGAGAGCAGCAGAAGCUCCAGUCUGUCCUUGAGGAAAUCCACUGCUACGAGCCUCAGCUCAGCAGGCUGAAAGAGAAAGCUCGGCAGCUGUGGGAAGGACAAGCUGCCAGCAAGAGCUUUGUGCACAGAGUGUCGCAGCUGUCUUCUCAGUAUCUAGCGCUAAGCAAUGUAACCAAGGAGAAAGUAGCAAGGCUGGACAGGAUCGUGGCAGAACACAAUCAGUUCUCCCUCGGGAUGAAAGAAUUACAAGACUGGAUGACCGACGCGGUUCACAUGCUGGACUCCUACUGUCACCCCACGUCGGACAAAAGCGUGCUGGACAGCAGGAUGCUCAAGCUAGAGGCCCUGUUGUCAGUGAAGCAGGAGAAAGAGAUUCAGAUGAAAAUGGUAGUGACCAGGGGAGAAUACGUCCUGCAGAACACCUCUGCGGAGGGGGCACCUGCCAUCCAGCAGCAGCUGCAGGCUGCGAAGGACAUGUGGGCGUCCCUCCUGUCCACCGCGAUUCGCUGUAAAAGCCAACUCGAAGGAGCGCUUUCCAAAUGGACAAGUUAUCAGGAUGACGUGCGGCAGUUCACUGGCUGGAUGGACGGGAUAGAGGGCAGCCUGAGUGAAUCGGAAAGGCAGCAUGCGGAGCUGCGGGAGAAAGUAGCCGCCCUGGGAAAAGCCAAGUUAUUAAAUGAAGAAGUACUAAGUCAUAGCAGCCUGCUGGAGGCGAUUGAAGCCAAGGGGGCGGGCAUGACAGAGCAUUAUGUCACCCAGCUGGAACUUCAGGAGCUGCAGGAGCGAUACCAGGCGAUCAAAGAGAGGGCCAAGGAAGCAGUAACCAAGGAUGAAAAACUUGUCCGCUUGCACCAAGAGUACCAGAGAGACUUAAAGGCAUUCGAAGUCUGGCUAGGGCAAGAACAGGAGAAGCUCCAGCGAUAUUCCAUUCUUGAAGGAGAUGCCUGCACCCAGGAGACAACACUGCGAGAUCUUCAGGAGCUGCAAGUGCGCUGUGCAGAGGGACAGGCCCUGCUCAACUCAGUGCUGCAUACCAGAGAGGAUGUGAUUCCAUGGGGCAUCCCACAGGCAGAAGACCGGGCCCUGGAGUCGCUCCGGCAGGACUGGCAGGCUUACCAGCACAAACUGUCCGAGACCCGGAUGCAGUUCAACAAUGUGGUGAAUAAACUGAGACUCAUGGAGCAGAAGUUCCAGCAGGUGGAUGAAUGGCUCACGAAAAUGGAGGAGAAAGUUAGUGUGAGGACCGAACGGCAGUCUAAUCGGGCGACCAAAGAGAUGCAGCUACAUCAGAUGAAGAAAUGGCACGAAGAAGUGUCUGCACACAGAGACGAGGUGGAGGAAGUGGGAACUAGAACCCAGGAGAUACUAGAUGAGAGCCACGUCAACAGCAGGAUGGGCUGCCAGGCCACCCAGCUCACCUCCAGAUUCCAGGCCCUGCUUCUCCACGUGCUGGAGCAAAUCAAAUUCUUGGAAGAGGAGAUCCAGAGUUUGGAGGAAUCUGAGUUAGCCCUUGGUUCCUAUUCUGACUGGUACAACUCUACUCAAAAGAAUUUUAAGAACGUGGCUACUGAAAUGGAUAGAGUAGAUAAAGAGAUGAUGGGGAAGAAACUCAAGACCAUGGAGGUUUUGUUAAAAGACAUGGAGAAAGGCCAAAGUUUGCUGAAAUCAGCCCGAGAGAAAGGAGAGAGGGCCAUGAAAUUCUUGGAGGAGGACGAGGCGGAGACGCUAAGAAGGGAACUGCACAGUCACAUGGAGCAGCUGAAGGAACUGACCAGCACCGUGCGGAAAGAGCACAUGACCCUGGAGAAGGGUCUUCACUUAGCCAAGGAAUUCUCGGAUAAGUGUAAAGCACUGGUUCGGUGGAUCUCGGAGCACCAGGACAUCCUUCGUAGCCCUGAAGAACCCAAGGUGGAAUUAUAUGAGAAGAAAGCUCAGUUAUCGAAAUACAAGUCACUACAACAAAUAGUGUUAUCCCAUGAACCAUCAGUGAACUCAGUGCGAGAGAAGGGGGAAGCUCUUUUGGAAUUGGUGCACAAUGUCACUUUAAAGGACCAAGUGGACAAACUUCAGAGUGACUACCAGGACCUGUGCAGCAUAGUGAAGGAACGUGUCCUCAGUCUGGAGGCGAAAGUCAAAGACCAUGAAGACUACAACAGUGAGCUCCAAGAGGUUGAAAAGUGGCUGCUGCAGGUGUCUGGCAGGCUGGCGGCACCUGACCUUCUGGAAACAAGCAGCCUGGAGACAAUUACCCAGCAGCUAGCUCACCACAAGGCAAUCAUGGAAGAAGUCGCUGGCUUUGAAGAGCGUUUGAGCAGUCUUAAGGAGAAAGGUGACACUCUGAUUGGACAGUGUGCUGACCACCUUCAGGCAAAGCUGAGACAGAAUGUGCAAGCUCACCUGCAGGGCACAGGGGACAGCUACUCGGCCAUCUGCAGCACUGCCCAGAGGGUGUACCGGAGUUUGGAACAUGAACUUCAGAAGCAUGUCAACCGGCAGGAUACCCUGCAGCAGUGCCAGGCCUGGCUUUCUGCAGUCCAGCCAGACUUAAAAUCCAGCCCCCAGCCUCCUCUGAGCAGGACAGAAGCCAUGAAGCAGGUGAAACACUGCCGAGCUCUGCAAGAACAGGCAAGAACCUACCUGGAUCUUCUGUGCUCUCUGUGUGACUUGUCCAACCCCUCAGUGAAAGACGCGGCGAAGGACAUUCAGCAGACAGAGCAGAUGAUGGAGCAGAGAUUGGCACAGGCGCAGAACUUAACUCAGGGCUGGGAGGAGAUCAGACACUUGAAGGCCGAGCUGUGGAUUUUCCUCCAGGAUGCAGAUCAGCAGCUGCAGAACAUGAAGAGGAGGCCCUCAGAGCUGGAGCUGAACAUCGCACAGAACAUGCUUUCCCAGGUCAAGGAUUUCGUGAAGCAGCUGCAGAGCAAGCAGGCGUGUGUGGGCACCAUCCUAGAGAAGGUGAAUAAGUUAACCAGGAAGCAGGAAUCUCCUGAGCACAAGGAAAUCAACCACCUGAGUGAGCAGUGGCAAGACCUGUGUCUGCAGGCUGACACAUUGUGCUCGCAACGCGAAGAGGAUCUGCAGAGAACCAGAGACUACCAUGACCGCAGGAACCUUGUGGAAGCCUUCUUAGAAAAAUUUACUACAGAGUGGGACAACUUGGCCAGAUCCGAUGCAGAGAGUACAGCCAUCCAUUUGGAAGCUUUACAAAAGCUGGCCUUGGCCUUACAGGAGAAAAAACAUGCCAUGGAAGAUCUGAAAGAUCAAAAGCAGAAACUGAUAGAGCAUCUGAACUUAGAUGAUAAAGAAUUAGUCAAAGAACAGACCAGUCAUUUUGAGCAGCGCUGGUUUCAGCUAGAGGACCUGGUCAAAAGGAAAAUCCAGGCAUCCAUCACCAACUUAGAGGAGUUAAAUGUGGUGCAGUCCAGGUUUCAGGAGCUGAUGGAGUGGGCUGAAGAGCAGCAGCCCAGCCUGGCCGAGGCCUUGAAGCAGAGUCCCCCUCCCGACAUGGCUCAGAACCUCCUUGUGGAUCACCUGGCCAUCUGCAGUGAGCUGGAGGCCAAACAGAUGCUCCUGAAAGCCCUCACGAAGGAUGCUGACAGGGUGAUGGCUGAUCUGGGCCUCAGCGAGCGCAGGGUGAUCCAGAAGGCGCUCUCCGACGCUCAGAGGCACGUGGACUGCCUCAGCGACUUGGUGGGCCAGCGAAGAAAGUACCUGAACAAAGCCUUGUCUGAGAAAACCCAGUUCCUCAUGGCAGUGUUCCAAGCCACCAGCCAAAUUCAGCAACACGAGCGGAAGAUCAUGUUCCGUGAACACAUCGCCCUGCUCCCGGAUGACGUGAGCAAGCAGGUUAAAACGUGUAAGAGUGCACAAGCCAGCCUCAAGACCUACCAAAGCGAAGUCACCGGACUCUGGGCUCAGGGCCGUGAAUUAAUGAAAGCACUCACAGAGCAGGAGAAGGGCGAGGUGUUGGGCAAACUUCAGGAACUGCAGAGUGUCUAUGACUCUGUGUUGCAAAAAUGCAACCAUCGGUUGCAAGAGCUAGAGAAGAAUUUAGUUUCUAGAAAGCAUUUUAAGGAAGAUUUCGAUAAAGCGUGUCACUGGCUCAAACACGCAGAUAUCGUGACAUUUCCCGAAAUCAACCUCAUGAACGAGAGCACCGAGCUUCAUACACAACUGGACAAAUACCAGCACAUUCUCGAACAGUCUCCGGAAUAUGAGAAUCUCCUCCUGACCCUGCAGAGAAAUGGGCAGGCCAUGUUACCAACCCUGAAUGACGUUGAUCACUCCUACCUCAAUGAAAAGCUAACUGCUUUGCCCCAACAAUUUAACGUCAUUGUGGCCUUGGCGAAAGACAAGUUUUAUAAAGUCCAGGAAACAAUUCUGGCUCGCAAAGAAUACGCUUCCUUGAUCGAGCUGACCACGCAGUCUCUGAGCGAGCUGGAAGAUCAGUUUGGGAAGAUGAGGAAGGUUCCUGCAGACCUGGUCGUUGAAGAGAGCCUGGCUCUUCAGGACAGCUGCAGAGUUCUUCUGGAUGAGGUGGUGGGCCUGGGAGGAGCAGUGGAUGAACUGAACCAGAAGAAAGAGAGUUUCCGCAACACAGGGCAGCCCUGGCAGCCAGAUGACAUGCUCUGCCUCGCCACCUCCUAUCACAGAUUGAAGCGGCAGGUGGAGCAAAGGGCCAGCUUGCUGGAAGACACCACAAGUGUGUACGAAGAGCACACCAAGAUGCGCCAGCAGCUGGCAAGACAGCUAGAGGCCGUGAAGACAGAGCAGUCUAAAGUGAACGAGGAAACGCUGCCCGCCGAAGAAAAGCUCAAAAUCUAUCAUUCUCUCGCAGGAAGCCUGCAGGAUUCCGCCAUCCUGCUCAAACGACUGGCUGUGCAUCUGGAAGACGUUUCACCCCAUUUGGAUCCCUCAGCGUACGAGAAAGCCAAGCAGCAGGUGCACACUUGGCAAGAGGAGCUAAAGCACAUGACCUCUGGCCUUGGGGAGACCGUAGCAGAGUGUGAGAGCCGGAUGGUGCAGAGCAGAGAUUUCCAGACAGAGAUGAGCCACUCCCUGGACUGGCUGCGGAGGGUGAAGGCUGAGCUCAGUGGGCCGGUGUGCCUGGAUCUCAGCCUCCGGGACAUCCAGGAGGAGAUCAGGAAGAUCCAAAUCCAGCAGGAAGAGGUGCAGUCCAGCCUGAGAAUCAUGAGCGCCCUGAGCCACAGGGAGAAGGAGAAGUUCACCAAAGCCAAGGAGCUGAUUUCUGCGGACCUGGAGCACACGCUGGCGGAGCUCUCAGAGCUGGAUGGGGACGUGCGGGAGGCCUUGCGCGCCCGGCAGGCCACUUUGACUGAAAUAUACAGCCAGUGUCAAAGGUAUUACCAGGUCCAUCAAGCAGCGAACGACUGGCUGGAGGAUGCCCAAGAAAUGCUGCAGCUGGCCAGCAGUGGUCUCGAUGUGGAGAGCGCAGAGGAAAAUCUCAAAAGCCACAUGGAGUUUUUCAGUACGGAGGAUGAAUUGCACAGUAAACUGGAGGAACUCCAAGGCCUGGUAGCCAAACUAGACUCGCUCAUCAAGUCCACGGGCAAAGAAGAACUAGCCCAAAAAAUGGCUUCCCUGGAGGAGCGGAGCCAAAGAAUCCUCCAGGACUCCCGGGCCCAGGCAGCCCUCUUACAGCGAUGCACAGUCCAAAGUCAAGAUUAUCAGCAAGCAAGGGAAGAGGUUAUUGACUUGAUGAAUGAUGCAGAAAAGAAACUGUCUGAGUUUUCUUUGUUGAAGACAUCUUCUAGACAUGAAGCAGAAGAAAAACUGUCCGAACACAAGGCUUUAGUGUCAGUAGUUGCCUCUUUCCAUGAGAAAAUUGUGGCUCUAGAGGAAAAAGCUUCAGAGCUGGAGAAAACUGGGAAUGAAGCGAGCAAAGCCAUGCUGAACAGGUCCAUGACAACUGUCUGGCAGCGUUGGACGCGACUCCGUGCGGUGGCCCAGGACCAGGAGAAGAUUCUGGAAGACACAGUUGAUGAGUGGCGAGGCUUGCACGACAAGGUCCAAAAAGCCACUGAAAUGAUUCAUCAGCUGCAGGAGAAGCUCCCAGGGGGCUCAGCGGAGAAGGCCUCCAAAGCAGAGCUCCUGGCCCUUCUGGAACAGCACGACACUUGUCUGCUGGAGCUGGAGCAGCAGCAGCUGGCUUUGGGCCCCCUGCAGCAGCAAGCACUGAGCAUGCUCCAAGAUGGAGCCAGUGUGGGCCCUGGAGAAGAGUCGUCUGUCCUGCAGGAAAUCAUCGCAGUGCAAGAUGGUUGCCUCAGCAUGCAGGAGAAAGUGAAGAAUGAUGGAAAACUAGUAAAGCAAGAGUUGCAAGAGAGAGAAAUGGUGGAGACUCAAAUUAAUUCUGUAAAAUCCUGGGUUCAGGAAACAAAGGAAUACUUAGAGAAUCCAACAAUAGAAGUGGAUGCACAACUUGAAGAAAUGCAGAGCCUCCUGAGGGAAGCCACGAAUCACCGUGAGAACAUCGAGAAGAUGGCUGAAGACCAGAAGAAUAAGUACCUGGGUCGUCACACCAUUCUGCCCUCGGAAAUCUCCCUUCAGCUAGCUGAAGUAGCAUUGGAACUGAAGAUUCACGAGCAGAUCCAAGACAAAGUAAAAGAAAUUGAGCAGAGCAAGGCCAUGAGCCAGGAAUUCAGCAGGCAGAUUCAGAAGGUAGCCAAAGACCUCACGACGAUUCUGACAAAGCUGAAAACCAAAACUGAUGACUUGGCUAAAGCGAAAGCUGAUCAAAAGGUCCUGGGAGAGGAAUUAGAUGGCUGCAAUGCAAAGUUGAUGGAAUUAGAUAGAGCGGUACAGAAGUUCUCAGAGCAACAUGGCCAACUAGGCAAGCCACUGGCCAAGAAGAUAGGAAAACUGACUGAACUUCACCAGCAAACCAUUAGGCAGGUGGAGAAUCGUCUUGCCAAGCUCAGUCAGGCGGCAUCACAUCUGGAAGAGUACAAUGAAAUGCUGGGAUUCAUUUUGAAGUGGACUGACAAAGCGAAAGUCUUGGUUCACGGGAAGAUAGUAUGGAAUUCCUCCAGCCAGCUUCGGGAACAGUGCAUUUUGCAUCAGACCCUGCUAGAAGAAUCUGAAGAAAUCGAUGGCAGUCUGGAAGCAAUGGCUGAGAAAUUACAGUGCCUCGCUAGCAUGUACCACACCGAGAAAAUGUGUCAGCAAGUGGCAGACCUGGGCCGGGAGACUGAGGAGUUACAGCAAAUCAUCAAAAUCCGACUACAGAAUCUCCAAGAUGCAGCCAAGGAUAUGAAAAAAUUUGAGGCUGAGCUAAGAAACUUACAGGCCGCUUUGGAACAGGCCCAGGCCAUGCUGACCUCUCCAGAAGUUGGUCGCUGUACUCUCAAGGAGCAACUGUCCCAUCGACAGCACUUGCUGUCGGAGAUGGAGUCACUCAAGCCGAGGGUACAAGCUGUGCAGCUCUGCCAGAGCGCACUCCGGAUCCCAGAGGACGUGGUCACCACCUUGCCGCUGUGCCACGCCGCCCUGCGGCUGCAGGAGGAAGCCAGCCGGCUGCAGCACUCAGCCAUCCAGCAAUGCAACAUCAUGCAGGAGGCUGUGGUGCAAUAUGAACAAUAUGAGCAAGAGAUGAAGCAUCUGCAGCAGCUGAUCGAAGGAGCUCACCGGGAGAUCCAGGACACGCCUGUGGCCACCAGUAACAUCCAGGAGCUGCAAGCUCAGAUUUCUCAGCAUGAGGAGCUGGCGCACAAAAUCAAGGGCUACCAGGAGCAGAUCGCCUCGUUGAAUUCCAAGUGUAAGAUGCUGACCAUGAAAGCCAAGCACGCCACCAUGCUCCUGACGGUGACAGAGGUGGAGGGACUGGCAGAAGGGACGGAGGACCUGGACGGGGAGCUCCUCCCCACACCCUCAGCCUACCCCUCUGUGGUCAUGAUGACGGCAGGUCGCUGUCACACUCUGCUGUCCCCUGUCACGGAAGAGUCCGGGGAGGAGGGAACCAACAGCGAGAUGUCCUCCCCGCCGGCCUGCCGCUCCCCCUCACCGGUGGCUCACACGGAGGCCGCUGUCACCCAGGACAUUGCUUAUUACCAAGCCCUGUCUGCUGAGAGAUUACAGCUGGACGCUUCCAGGAUUGCCCCCAGCCCGGUGGUGGCAUCUCAGGAGUCCUACGAACUAGGCCUGGAACCAUCUGCUACUGCCAAGCUGAGUGAUUUGCAGCGUUCUUGGGAAACCUUAAAAAAUGUGAUCAGUGAAAAGCAGCGCACCCUCUAUGAAGCCCUGGAGCGCCAACAGAAAUACCAAGACUCUCUGCAGUCCAUCUCCACAAAGAUGGAAGCCAUGGAGAUGAAGCUGAGCGAGGGUCUUCAGCCCAGCCGAAGUCCAGAGAGCCAGAUGGCUGAGCAUCAGGCCCUCAUGGACGAGAUCCUCACGCUGCAGGAUGAGAUCAGCGGGCUCCAGGCGGCCCUGGCGGCGGAGCUGGCGGCCGAGUGCCAGGAGUCAGACCCCGCGGAGCGGCUGGCCCUGCAGUCCACGCUCACCGUCCUGGCCGAGCGCAUGUCCACCAUCAGGAUGAAGGCGUCGGGAAAGCGGCAGCUGUUGGAGGAGAAGCUGAACGAGCAGCUGGAGGAGCAGCGGCAGGAGCAGGCCCUGCAGAGGUACCGCAGCGAGGCCGACGAGCUGGACCACUGGCUCCUGAACACCAAGGCCAGUCUGGACGUCGCGCUGGCUGCCCCCAAGGACCCCAUGGACAUGGAGGCCCAGCUGGAGGACUGCCAGAACAUGCUGGUGGAGAUCGAGCAGAAGGUGGUGGCCCUGUCGCAGUUGUCCGUCCACAACGAGAACCUGCUGCUGGAAGGCAAGGCCCACACGAAGGACGAAGCCGAGCAGCUGGCCGUGAAGCUGCGGACGCUCAAGGGGAGCCUCCUGGAGCUGCAGAAAGCCCUCCACCACAAGCAGCUCGACAUCCAGGGAGCCACACAAGAGAAGGAAGAGAGAGAUUCGGACCCCACAGCCGCUCAGAGCCCUGGCGUGCAGGAAUGGCUGGCUCAAGCACGCACCACGCGGACGCACCAGCGCCAGAGCAGUCUCCAGCAACAAAAAGAGUUGGAAGAAGAGUUAGCAGCCCAGAAGAGCCUCCUCCGCUCCGUGGCCAGCCGUGGGGAGGAGAUCCGCACCCAGCACUCGGCAGAGGCUCCAGGUGGUCCGGGUGAAAACCCUGAUGUGUUAUCCCAGGAGUUGGAAGGGGAGAAGUCGUCGGCAGAAGACCAGAUGAGAAAGAAGUGGGAAAGCCUUCAUCAAGAAUUUAGUACCAAGCAGAAACUACUACAGAAUGUUCUGGAACAGGAGCAGGAACAAGCGCUGUACAGCCGGCCCCGCCUGCUGCAGGGAGGGCCUCUGCACCCGGCCGAGGGGCAGACGCAAGGCCCGGCCACAGUGACAUCAGUGCUGGGAGGACUGAGCCAGGCCUUGGAGGAGGUUUCAUCCCAGGGGGCCAGGGCAAAGGGGCAGGAUAUCCGCCUGGAGCAGAAGCUGUAUGAUGGGGUGUCAGCGACGUCCACGUGGCUGGAUGAUGUGGAAGAGCGUUUGUUUGUCGCUCCGGUACUUUUACCCCAAGAAACGGAGACCUGUCUCUUCACCCAAGAGGCUCUUGCCAAAGACAUUAAGGAAAUGUCGGAAGAGAUGGAUAAAAACAAGCACUUGUUUUCACAAACGUUUCCGGAGAGUGGUGAUAACCGAGACGUCAUCGAAGGCGCCCUGGGCUCCCUCCACGGCCGGCUCUCGCUGCUGGACUCGGCGGUGAGCCAGCGAUGCCAGCAGAUGAAGGAGAGACUGCAGCAUAUCCUCAAUUUCCAGAAUGACCUGAAGGUGCUGCGCACAUCACUUGCAGAUACCAAGUAUGUCACUCUACAGAAACUGGCCAACGUGUUUGAGCAGCCCAUGGCACAACAAAUAGAGGCGAUACAACAGGCUGAGGAGGGACUGAAGGAACUGGAUGCGGGAAUCACUGAAUUAAAAAGACGUGGUGACAAGUUGCAGAUUGAGCCACCAGCCCUGCAGGAACUCUCCAAGCUCCAGGACACCUACGAUGAGCUGAUGAUGACCAUUGGCUCACGGAGGAGUAGUCUGAACCAAAAUCUUGCCCUCAAGAGCCAGUAUGAAAGGGCCCUGCAAGACCUGUCUGACCUGCUAGAAACUGGACAAGAGAAGAUGUCCGGAGACCACAAAGUCAUCGUGUCUUCCAAGGAGGACAUCCAGCAGCUCCUGGACAAGCAUAAGGAAUACUUCCAGGGCCUGGAAUCGCACAUGAUCUUGACGGAAACGCUCUUCAGAAAGAUCAUCGGCUUCAUGGUCCUACAGGAAACCCAGUUCCACGCGGACCAGAUGGCUCAGGCAUCUGCUGUGCUGAAACGGGCUCACAAGAGGGGUGUGGAGCUAGAGUACAUUCUGGAGACAUGGUCCCAUCUGGAUGAGGGUCUCCGGGAGAUUGUCCGAGAGCUGGAGGUGGUGGAGAGCAGUAUCCCCAGCGUGGGUCUGGUGGAGGAGAGCGAGGACAGGCUCAUGGAACGAACAAGCCUCUACCAGCAUCUAAAAUCCAGCCUUAAUGAAUACCAGCCCAAAUUAUAUCAAGUAUUAGAUGAUGGGAAACGACUCCUGAUGUCCGUCAGCUGCUCAGAUCUGGAAAGUCAGCUGAAUCAACUGGGAGAGCGCUGGCUGAAUAACACCAACCGGGUGUCGAAGGAACUGCACAGACUGGAAACAAUACUGAAACACUGGACCAGGUACCAAAGUGAGUCUGCGGAAUUAAUGCACUGGUUACAGUCUGCAAGGGACAGGCUUGCAUUUUGGGCUCAGCAAUCUGUGACAAUCCCACAAGAACUGGAAAUGGUCCGUGAUCAUCUAAAUGCCUUCCUGGAGUUCUCUAAAGAGGUGGAUGCCAAAUCUUCCCUGAAGUCAUCUGUGCUGAGCACUGGAAACCAGCUUCUCCGGUUGAAGAAGGUGGACACGGCCACCCUGCGUUCUCAGCUGUCACACGUGGAUGGCCAGUGGACUGACCUACUGGCAAAUAUCCCAGCCGUACAAGAGAAGCUCCACCAGCUCCAGAUGGACAAGCUGCCUUCCCGCCACGCCAUUUCUGAAGUCAUGAGUUGGAUCUCUCUCAUGGAAAGUGUUAUCCAGAAGGAUGAAGAGGACAUAAAACAUGCCGUGGGCCACAGGGCAGUGCACGAAUACCUCCAGAAAUAUAAGGGCUUUAAGAUAGACAUUCAGUGCAAACAGCUGACGGUGGACUUCGUGAACCAGUCUGUGCUGCAGAUCAGCAGUCAGGAUGUGGAGAGCAAGCGGAGCGACAAGACGGACUUCGCGGAGCAGCUGGGCGCCAUGAACAGAAGCUGGCAGCUCCUGCAGGGUCUGGUCGCAGAGAAGGUCCAGUUGUUGGAAGGCUUAUUGGAAUCCUGGUCGGAAUAUGAAAAUGAUGUAGAAAGUCUCAAAAUGUGGUUUGACUCCCAGGAGAAGAGAACGAAGCAAGAGUUUCGGGUUGGAGACCAGGCUUCCGUUCAGAGCUCCCUGAAAGACUGCCAGGAUCUGGAAGAUUUGAUUAAAGCAAAAGAAAAAGAAAUAGAGAAAAUUGAGCAGAAUGGACUUGCUUUGAUUCAGAACAAGAAAGAAGAAGUCUCUGGCACAGUCAGGAGCACGCUUCAGGAACUCAACCAAGCCUGGGCAAAUUUGGACCACAUGGUGGGGCAGUUAAAGGUCUUGCUGAGGUCAGUGCUCGACCAGUGGAACCGCCACAAGGCCACGCUGGAUGAGAUCAACGGCCACCUGAUGGAGGCCAGGUACUCCCUGUCCCGUUUCCGUCUGCUCACCGGGUCCUCAGAAGCAGUGCAGGUUCAGGUAGACAAUCUGCAGAACCUUCAUGAUGAGCUAGAAAAACAGGAAAAGAACUUAGAGAAAUUUGGCUCCAUCACCAACCAGUUAUUAAAAGAAUGUCACCCACCGGUGACAGAAACGCUCACCAAUACACUGAAAGAUGUCAAUAUGAGAUGGAAUGACUUGCUGGAAGAGACCGCGGAGCAGCUGCACUCCAGCAAGGCCCUCCUACACCUCUGGCAGAGAUACCGAGACUACUCCAAGCAGUGCGCCGCGGCCCUUCAGCAGCAGGAGACUCAAACCAAGGCCCUGCUAAAGGCGGCCACUCACAGCGACAUCGCUGAUGAUGAAGUCGCUACGUGGAUUCAAGAUUGCAAUGACCUCCUCAAAGGACUAGGGACAACCAAGGAUUCCCUUUUCGUUCUCCAAGAGCUGGGAGAGCAACUCAAGCAGCAAGUGGAUCCCUCAGCCUCCGCAGCCAUCCAGUCCGACCAUCUGUGCUUGAGUCAGCAAUUGCGUGCCCUGGAGCAGGCCCUGGACAAGCAGCAGAAGACGCUGCAGGCUGGAGUUGUUGACUACGAAACCUUUGCGGAGAGUCUAGCGGCUCUGGAGGGCUGGACUGUGGAGGCGGAGGAGACGCUUCAAGCACAGGACCCCAGCCACUCAGCAGACCUCUCCACCAUCCAGGGAAGGAUGGGGGAGCUGAAGGGACAGAUGUUAAAAUUCAGCAGCAUGGCUCCAGACUUAGACCGCCUCAAUGAGCUGGGAUACCGGCUACCCCUGAACGAUAAGGAAAUCAAAAGGAUGCAGAAUCUGAACCGCCACUGGUCUCUGGUCUCUUCGCAGACCACAGAGAGAUUUAGCAAGUUGCAGUCAUUUCUGCUACAGCAUCAGACUUUCCUGGAAAAAUGUGAAACAUGGAUGGAAUUCCUGGUUCAAACAGAGAAAAAAUUAGCAGUGGAGAUUUCUGGCAAUUUCCAGCAUCUUCUGGAACAGCAGAGAGCACAUGAGUUGUUUCAAGCUGAGAUGUUCAGUCGUCAGCAGAUUCUGCACUCAAUCAUUGUUGAUGGGCAGCGUCUUCUAGAACAAGGUCAAGUUGAUGACAGGGACGAGUUCAACCGGAAGUUGACGCUCCUCAGUCACCAGUGGCAGGGAGUGAUUCGCAGGGCUCAGCAGAGGCGCGGGAUCAUUGACAGCCAGAUUCGCCAGUGGCAACGCUACAGGGAGAUGGUGGAGAAGCUCCGGAAAUGGCUGGUGGAAGUGUCCUAUCUUCCUCUGAGCGGUCUGGGGAGCAUCCCCAUACCACUGCAGCAAGUGAGGGCCCUCCAUGAUGAAGUGCAGUUCAAGGAGAAGGUGUUCCUGAGGCACCAAGGAAGCUACAUCCUGACCGUGGAGGCCGCCAAGCAGCUCCUGCUCUCCGCCGACAGCGCAGCAGAGGCCUCCCUGCAGGCCGAGCUCACCGAAAUCCAAGAGAAGUGGAGGUCAGCCAGCAUGAGUCUGGACACACAGAAGAAAAAGCUGGCCUUCUUGUUGAAAGACUGGGAAAAUUGUGAGAAAGGAAUAGCUGAUUCUCUGGAGAAACUCCGAUCUUUCAAAAAGAAGCUUUCCCAGCCUCUCCCGGAUCACCACGACGAGCUCCACACGGAGCAAAUACGGUGCAAGGAAUUAGAAAGUGCAGUGGGGACGUGGAUGGAAGACUUGUCGGAGCUGACCCUCCUGAGGGACUCUCUCUCCGCUUACAUCAGCGCCGAGGACAUCUCCAUCCUUAGCGAGCGCAUCGAGCUUCUGCAGAGGCAGUGGGAGGAGCUGUGCCGCCAGGCUUCCUUAAGGCGGCAGCAAGUAAGUGAACGACUGAACGAAUGGGCAAUCUUCAGUGAAAAGAACAAGGAACUGUGCGAGUGGCUGACUCAGAUGGAAAGCAAAGUCUCGCAGAAUGGAGACAUUCUCAUCGAGGAGAUGAUAGAGAAGCUCAGGAAGGAUUAUCAAGAGGAAAUUGCUGUUGCCCAAGAGAACAAAAUACAGCUCCAGCAAAUGGGAGAACGGCUGGCGAAAGCCAGCCAUGAAAGCAAAGCCUCAGAGAUUGAAUACAAGCUUGGAAAGGUCAACGACCGGUGGCAGCAUCUCCUGGAUCUCAUCGCAGCCAGGGUGAAAAAGCUGAAGGAGACGCUGGUGGCCGUGCAGCAGCUGGAUAAGAACAUGAGCAGCCUGCGGACAUGGCUGGCUCACAUCGAGUCAGAGCUGGCCAAGCCCAUCGUCUACGAUUCCUGUAACUCCGAAGAAAUACAGAAGAAGCUGAAUGAACAACAGGAGCUGCAGAGGGACAUAGAGAAGCACAGCACGGGCGUGGCCUCCGUCCUCAACCUGUGCGAGGUCCUGCUCCACGACUGCGAUGCCUGCGCCACCGACGCCGAGUGUGACUCCAUCCAGCAGGCCACGCGCAACCUGGACCGGCGCUGGAGAAACAUCUGUGCCAUGUCCAUGGAGAGGAGGCUCAAAAUUGAAGAGACGUGGCGAUUGUGGCAGAAGUUUUUGGAUGACUAUUCUCGUUUUGAAGAUUGGCUGAAGAUUUCAGAAAGGACAGCUGCUUUCCCCAGCUCUUCUGGGGUGCUCUAUACCAUUGCCAAGGAAGAACUAAAGAAAUUUGAGGCUUUCCAGCGACAGGUCCACGAGAGCCUAACCCAGCUGGAGCUGAUCAACAAGCAGUACCGCCGCCUGGCCAGAGAGAACCGCACGGAUUCCGCCUGCAGCCUCAAACAGAUGGUCCACGAAGGCAACCAGAGAUGGGACAACCUGCAAAAGCGUGUCACGUCCAUCUUGCGCAGACUCAAGCAUUUUAUUAGCCAGCGCGAGGAGUUUGAGACUGCCCGGGAUAGCAUUCUCGUCUGGUUAACAGAAAUGGAUCUGCAGCUCACUAACAUCGAACAUUUUUCUGAGUGUGAUGUUCAAGCUAAAAUAAAGCAACUCAAGGCUUUCCAGCAGGAAAUUUCAUUAAACCACCACAAGAUUGAGCAGAUAAUGACCCAAGGUGAACAGCUGAUUGAAAAGAGUGAGCCCCUGGAUGCGGCCGUCAUCGAAGAGGAGCUGGACGAGCUCCGGCGCUACUGCCAGGAGGUGUUUGGGCGUGUGGAAAGAUACCACAAGAAACUCAUCCGCUUGCCUCUGCCUGAUGAUGAGCAUGAUCUCUCUGAUCGGGAGAUGGAGCUGGAUGACUCUGCAGCUCUCUCGGACCUGCGCUGGCAAGAUCCAUCUGCAGAUGGUGUGCCCUCCCCGCAGCCCUCCUCCAACCCUUCCCUCUCACUCCCCCAACCUCUCCGGAGCGAGCGAUCUGGACGUGAUACCCCGGCCAGUGUGGACUCCAUCCCCCUGGAGUGGGACCAUGACUAUGACCUCAGUCGUGACCUGGAGUCUGCGGUCUCCAGAACUCUGCCCUCUGAGGAUGAGGAGGGUCAGGAAGACAAGGAUUUCUACCUCAGGGGAGCUGUUGGCUUAUCAGGAGAUCCUGGUGCCUUUGAGUCACAGAUCCGACAACUGGACACAGCCCUAGAGGAUGGCCGCUUCCAGAUGCGGCCAGCCGAAAACACCUUCCGCAGCAAAGCUCCCACGGGCCCGGAGCUAGACUCCAGCUACAAAGGCUACAUGAAACUCCUUGGUGAAUGCAGUGGCACCAUCGAUUCAGUGAGGAGACUGGAGCACAAACUGAAGGAAGAAGAGGAGAACUUUCCUGGCUUUGUUAACUUAAACAGUACGGAAACCCAGACAGCUGGUGUGAUCGACAGAUGGGAGCUCCUGCAGGCUCAGGCCCUGAGCAAGGACCUGAGGAUGAAGAAGUGGCAGCAGUUCAACUCUGACCUGAACAACAUCUGGGCCUGGCUCGGGGAGACGGAGGAGGAACUGGACCGGCUGCAACAUCUGCAGCUCAGCACUGACAUCCAGACCAUCGAGCUCCAGAUCAAAAAGCUAAAGGAGCUGCAGAAAGCCGUGGACCACCGCAAGGCCAUCAUCCUCUCCAUCAACCUGUGCAGCUCUGAGUUCACCCAGGCGGACACCAAGGAGAGCCGGGACCUGCAGGACCGCCUGUCGCAGAUGAACGGUCGCUGGGACCGCGUUUGCUCUUCGCUGGAGGACUGGCGCAGCCUGCUGCAGGAUGCUCUGAUGCAGUGCCAGGAUUUCCAUGAAAUGAGCCAUGGGUUGCUUCUCAUGCUGGAGAACAUUGACAGAAGGAAAAAUGAAAUUGUCCCAAUUGAGUCUCACCUUGAUCCUGAGAUACUGCAGGACCAUCAUAGACAGCUCAUGCAAAUAAAGCGAGAGCUGCUGGAGUCCCAGCACAGAGUAGCCUCACUGCAAGACAUGUCUCGCCAACUCCUGGUGAAUGCUGAAGGUGCAGACUGUCUGGAAGCCAAAGAAAAAGUCCAUGUUAUUGGAAACCGGCUCAAACUCCUCUUGAAGGAGGUCAGUCAUCAUAUCAAGGACCUGGAGAAGGUCCUGGACAUGUCAAGCAGUCAGCAGGAUUUGUCUUCCUGGUCUUCCGCUGAUGAGCUGGACACAUCAGGUUCUGUGAGUCCCACGUCAGGAAGAAGCACCCCAAACAGACAGAAAUCGCCACGAGGCAAAUGUAGUCUCUCCCAGCCUGGACCCUCUGUCAGCAGUCCAAAUAGCAGGUCCACAAAAGGUGGCUCCGAUUCCUCCCUUUCUGAGCCUCCGCCGGCGAGGUCGGGUCGAGCUUUCCUGUUCCGAGUGCUCCGGGCGGCUCUCCCUCUUCAGCUGCUCCUGCUGCUCCUCAUCGGCCUUGCCUGCCUGGUACCCAUGUCAGAGGAAGACUACAGUUGUGCGCUCUCCAAUAACUUUGCCCGAUCAUUCCACCCCAUGCUCAGAUACACAAAUGGUCCUCCUCCACUCUGAACCAAGCAGACGCCGUCUGCAGAAGAGCUGGGAACAGGAGGAAAGCCCAGAGCAAUCCCAGACUGUCAGACAGGACCUUGAUCUUGGCAGAAGUCCUCGGUGUGGCAGCUUCCUCUCUCCUGUACAACCAAUGU